AAACCCAACGUUAUCUCACGGGGACGCAGGGACAAACAAAGCGUAUGCGCUGGUUUACCGUCUUGCAUUUUUAAUGGCGAGGAGGAUGACAUUUCAAAAAGAGGCACACCUGUUAGCAGCUAUCCAUUUAAAAACGAAUCGCUGAAUUGUAAUUAAACGGAUAGCCGAGUCAACGAUAACAAGAGGAAUUGAAUCGACUUUAAUCUACAACGACUGUCGCUACUGGACAUCUACGCAUGAUGCAUUGCACCAGUUUUGAGAAAAUGGGUGUUUUUAGCCUCAUUCUCAGGAUAGAGUACAUGAUCCGAGAUGUCGGCUUGGUUCUUUAGCCGCCGUAUCAUUUUAUUGUGCUGGAUUCAGAACAAUAUCUCCUCCGGCGACCUGCAACAUGGGGCCCAUCAUGCAGGAGCGCACAGCAUCCACGACACUGAAACGCGUCGUCUCCAAAGAGAAGAUUCGGGUAAAAUGUACUGAAAACAACGGCCCUGGAACCAGUUCAAAGAAAAGUAACAAGAUGAAGAAAGCAGGGGGGCAGAUGAAAAAUGGUCUCCCAGGACCAGGUCAGGAUAAGGACACAGCGACAACCGCACAGAAGGGUGCACAGCCCAAAGGUGGCAGAAUCAAAUCUGGCUCUACUCGCAAUACAAGCAAAGUCUCCAGCCCUGAAGAAGGAGAUUCAAGACAAACAGUCCGCAAACACUUAUCUGUGCACAAGAAAGAGGAGCAUCAGGAAAGUCAACGUGUAUCACAGUGCAGCAACGAGCUGCUGCCAAAUCGUGGGGGGGUGGGGAAAAGUCGCCGAGCCCUCUCCCUGCCGCUCUCCCCAAUAUCGGGGCUACGACACAUGCCAGCCUACCCUCUAACACACUCCCCCACCCUCACCCCAGAGGCGCUACAGCGCCACUACAACCAGAAGGAGGAAGACACAGACAGUGCCAGCGAUCUGUCCGAUUCUGAGAGGCUGCCGGUACUGCCCUCCCCCUGUACCCCCUGCACCCCCCCUCACCUCAACCUCAGGGCCGAGGUCAUCAACACUAACGACUUCCCGCCGGACUUCCCUGGACCUCAUGGGGCCGUGGGGGAUGAAGAUGUGAGCGAAAAGCCCUCCUACAGUUACCCGGACUUUCUCCCCCCUCCAUUUAACACUUGGAGCCUGAGACAGCUGGCAGUGUUUCUUCACACGGAGGGCCGUGGUGCCCCCCGGCCCAAGCCUGUGGGGCACUUGGAGAAGUACCUGGAGAGGCUGCUGCAGCUGGAGUGGCUCCAGAUCCAAACAGUGCAAGCAGAGAGCAGCCGUCCGCCCGGGAGCCGCACGAGGCCUCAGAGCUUCCCCUCUGCCACCACUGCGCAACAACCGAGGCCUCACACGGCUCCGACAUCCCGACUCAACUCCCCCAAAGGGCAGCGGCACAGCCAGCGAGCCUUCCCGUUCUCCCCCGUCAACAACCCCCCAUCACCUGCCUCAGUCCAGCAACAGCAUUCCCGCUUUCCAGUUUGCCCUCACUGUCACAUUCGCUACCCGUUAUGUAACGGAAGCUGCUCCGCCAACGCCUACCAGCGGCACUCGAGGCUCAGUCCCUUGCUUGAGCGCGGAGCGAGACCUGGAGCACCAGCAAAGAGGAGCAGCAGCGAGACCCGCGCAACCUCAACGGAAGGUAGGAGCCCAGGAGGACAGGGUGGAGGACAAGGCGGAGGAGGAACCCAGACCCCAGUUAGCCCCCCAGCUGGAAAAAGUCAUCUUAGACCCAUGCAGGCUUCAGGCAACGCCCGUAAGCCAACCCAGGAAUCUGCAGCCAACCCAAAUAGCCGAGGUCAGGUCAGGAAAAGCCGCGUUCGAGCUAACUCCGAGACCGAUAUUAAAAAAGAGCCUUGCGUCAGUAAAACAGCCGUUGCAGAGAAACGCGUUUUUGCAGCCAGUAAGAGAGAGGUCAUCACCUCUAAGAGAGUGGAGAAGGACUGGCAGAGGACAGAAGCUGUAGGUCAGGCCUCAAAAACUGCCAUGAACAGAGCUGCGAAAGAGCCAAAGCCUCUCUACAAAGCUCCGUCUAUGAAUAAGCAGAAUGGCAAAACAAAAACUGUGCACUUUGUUGCAAAGUAACGGUUAAACUUAGUGUAAUUAGUGGUUACUUGGUGCAGGAAGUGAAGCUAAGCUUGCUUUCUGGGCAAUCUGUGUAAUACUAACAUGUUGUAACUGUAACAAGACGUUAUGCAGCUAGAGAUAAAACGGGCAAUGAUUUCAAAGCAUAAUGUGCCGCUUGAAUAGAAAUCUGAAAUUGUACACUGUAUUUCAUUCAAAAUACACAAUAAGUAUACAUUCUAA